AUGGCUCCCGUCGAACCCCGCUACGUGCUCGACCGCCUCCCGAUGCUCAACAUCUCUGAAGCUGAGGCCGCUGACGUCAAGCCUCACGUGACGCCGCUCCGCGCUCUCAGCCCUGCUGAGCGCCGCUUCUUCCAGACCAUGCCGAUCUCGCAACGCCCGGUGACUGCCUACCCCCUCGACGCCGCGUCUACCUACACCUGGCCGGCGCAGCAGGCUGCGACCGACCCCACAGCGGCCGUGGUAGCAGCUGGAGGCGAUAAGAGAGACGGCCUCGCAAUCGACCCCGCGCUCUCGGCGGUUAGAUCGUCCAACGAUGUCGCCCCCGGCAGUACAGAUAUCACAAUGGCCUCGGCGCCUGAUAUCAGACUUCAGCCCGAGACCCUAGGGUCCGUGCCCGCCUCGCCCGCUAUCGACAGCAAUGCUGAGGCUGCUGCUGCGGUUGCAGCUGUCCAGGCAUUACACCCCGACCACGGCGUGAAGAAGGAGACUCCUUUCUCUCGCUCACCCGAGCUCCGUAUCAGCCACAAGCUUGCCGAGCGCAAACGUCGCAAAGAGAUGCGCGACCUCUUUGACGAACUCCGGGAACAACUCCCUGCCGACCGUGGUAUGAAGGCGUCGAAGUGGGAGAUACUCUCCAAGGCCGUCGAUUACAUCCAGCACCUCAAGAAUCAGGUUACCGAGAGCCACCGCCUUUUAGAAGCCGCAACGCGCGAUCUUGCAAUCGCUCGCGGCCAGAACCCCGAAACUGCCACGACCACAAACACGACGUGGCCACCAACAUACCACACGUUCAACAUCCCAUAUGUCCCGCACGCGAGCACCUCGACCGCUCCCGCGCCCGCCGCCCCGGCUCCCCAGCCGCAAGCGCAGGCCGCGGCACCUCAGCCUCAGCCUCAGUCUCAACCUCAGCCCCAGGCUGCCGUACCCGCCGCCGCUGCUACCCAAGCGGUCCCCGUGCCUCCUCAAGCACAACCUCAGCCCCAGGCUGUUGCGGUCACCGCUGCUGCCCCGGCUGCCCCUGUCCCGGUCGCUCAGCCUGCAGCACAGCCUCAGGUGCCGGCCGCCGUUCCUCAGCCCGUUGCCGCUGCCGCACCGCCGACAGCGGCGCCGCCUCAGGUACAGGGGCAGGCGCCAAACUCGAGCUGA